UAGCUUCAUUUUCCAAUCAAUAUCAUUUCUAUCAUGGCUGCCACCAGCAAAACUUCCACAAAAUGGAUCUGGGCAGGUUUUAUAUUAAUAGUAUAUUUAAAUGUAGUCGAAACACAACGAAAAACGGGAAAUGAAGAUUACGACGUCGAUGUACAUGGAAUUAUGCAGGAAUAUAGAAAAUAUAAAAGUAUGCGAGUGAUGGUUGGACGAGAGUUUUACAUGGGAAUCAAUGAUCCUAAAUCAGAAACUGGUGAACAUCCACUGAGGAAAGUUCGAGUUCGAAGUUUUUAUAUGGAUGUUUAUCCUGUCACUAAUGCAGAAUAUUGGGAGUUUAGAAGAAUAAAAUGGCGAUAUAAAUCGACAGCUGAAGAGAAAGGUUGGAGUUGGGUUUUAAAGACAUUUGUUCCAGAAAAUAUCAAAGAAUCAUCAGCAUCACCAGGAGCAUCUGGAUGGGUAGCUGUCAAAAACGCCAGAUGGGACCAGCCAUUUGGCCCUGGUAGCGAUUUACAUGGUAAAUGGAAUCACCCUGUUGUUCACGUCAGUUAUGAAGACGCUAGAGUUUAUUGUGCUUACAGAGGACAUCGUUUACCUUCUGAAAUAGAAUGGGAAAGUGCAGCACGGGGUCAAGAAAUUGCCACACAGUAUCCAUGGGGUGAAAGAUGGGAGAAGUUUAGAAUGAAUGACUGGCAGGGUAACUUUCCUGAUACAAAUCAUAGGUUAGAUGGCUAUGACAGCACUUCACCCGUAGAUGCAUUUCCAGCGCAGAAUGGAAACAUGAUGUAUGAUUUUCUUGGUAAUGUUUGGGAAUGGACGUCUGCAAGACAUUAUGAACGUUUGGUAGCCGAGGAUGUCCAGCCAUUGGCGUUUGUUUUAAAAGGAGGAUCAUAUAUAGACAGCAGAGAUGGAAAAUUCAAUUAUAUGAUUAGAACCAGUCAAAGAAAAGGAGAAGAACCCGACCACACAGCUGGUAAUAUCGGAUUCCGUUGUGCAAUGAACGCUCAUCACCACGAUCCAAAAGAUAUUCGCCCAAAAGUAAAGCCCACUACGCCUGGACCCCUCAAACCUCGGAUUUACCAAAUACCUAAAGCAACCACCACGGUGGAACCUCCUCAAGUUAUACGACAUAAGGACUAUGGUCCUCCAGCCCUGGGAGUCAAUCCACAAAGAAAACAUCAUGAAUUGUAGCUUUAUUAGAAUUUAUAAAAUAUUAAACUACUUAAUUAAUAUACUAACAUUGGAUCAUCUUUAUUUAUAAUAUUAAAGAUAAUUUUUUUCUUA